UAUAGUUCGAUGGUUAAAGUAAUAUGUUAAAAGGGUUGCCUGCCAUGAAAAUACAAUUAUAGUGUUGGGGCCCUAGUGCCAAGAAAUACAGUAUUUUGUAUUUUAUGUAAUGGAUAAAUAAUUAAAAAUGUAAAAUCAAAUUCUCCACAUUUUAUUAUUUGUUCAGUUUUAUUACAUAUUUAAAAAUAGUGUCACUAUAAUCAAUAUUUGUAGACCUGCUCGAUAACUGGUUCAACAUUAGGAUAUGUAGGCAUGUUUUCCCGUAAUCAUGUCUUAUACAGAACUAGAACAUGGGUAUCAAGGUUUACGUAAAGCAACUCGACCUGCACAUUUCUAUGUAGGAGCAGUUUCUGUUAUCUAAUGGAAUCAGUUAGUCAUGGAAAGAUUCGUGCCUUCAGUUAUUAUAGAAGAUUUUGAUGAUCCAGUGCAUAUUUCUUCCCACUGGCAUGGGGGGGACAUAGAAUUAUGCGAUUCAAGCGAUAUAAGUAUAAGCCCUCAAGACAUGGAGGAAGAUGUAGGAAAGGUAGUUAUUGUUGGGGUAUGCGCAAUGGAAAAGAAGACACAAAGUAAACCGAUGAAAGAAAUCCUAACGAGGUUACAAGAAUUUGAAUAUAUUAAGGUGAUCGUUUUCGAGGAGGAAGUAAUUUUACAGAAACCAGUAGAUGAGUGGCCGGUUUGUGACUGUCUGAUAUCAUUUCAUUCCAAAGGAUUUCCAUUAGAUAAGGCCAUACAGUAUGCUCAAUUACAUAAUCCAUAUGUUAUUAAUAAUUUACACAUGCAAUAUGAUAUACAGGAUAGAAGAAAAGUUUAUGCUACUUUGGACGGGGAGGGUAUUGAAAUUCCUCGUUAUGCAGUUUUAGAUAGAGAUAGUCUAGAUCCAAAACAUCAUGAAUUAGUUGAAUCAGAAGAUCAUGUUGAGGUUAAUGGUGUCAUUUUUAAUAAGCCUUUUGUUGAAAAACCCGUUUCUGCGGAAGAUCAUAAUAUUUAUAUAUAUUACCCUACUUCGGCUGGUGGAGGAAGUCAAAGAUUGUUUAGAAAAAUUGGUAGUCGCAGCAGUGUCUAUUCUCCUGAAUCCAGAGUCAGAAAAACAGGUAGUUUCAUCUAUGAAGAUUUUAUGCCUACAGAUGGGACAGAUGUAAAGGUGUAUACUGUUGGUCCGGAUUAUGCUCACGCAGAAGCGCGCAAGUCUCCUGCGUUGGAUGGAAAAGUAGAAAGGGAUCGUGAUGGAAAAGAAAUCCGUUAUCCUGUCAUACUAAGUAACGCCGAAAAACUUAUAUCGCGCAAAGUGUGUUUGGCAUUCAAACAGGCUGUUUGCGGUUUCGAUCUUUUACGAGCUAACGGUAAAUCGUUUGUAUGUGACGUUAACGGAUUUAGUUUUGUUAAAAAUUCAAACAAGUAUUAUGAUGACUGUGCUCGAAUUCUGGGUAACAUGAUCUUAAGGGAAUUAGCUCCUACUCUACAUAUACCCUGGUCUGUACCAUUUCAACUGGACGAUCCUCCUAUAGUGCCGACUACGUUCGGUAAAAUGAUGGAGCUGAGGUGUGUCGUUGCUGUUAUAAGACACGGUGAUAGAACGCCAAAACAAAAGAUGAAAGUUGAAGUUCGUCAUCCCAAGUUUUUUGAAAUAUUCGAAAAAUACGAUGGUUAUAAACAUGGCCAUGUGAAAUUGAAGAGACCAAAACAGUUGCAAGAAAUUUUAGAUAUAGCAAGAUCACUGCUCACUGAAAUACAACUACAUGAAGCUGAUCCGGAAAUAGAAGAGAAACAAGGCAAAUUAGAACAGCUAAAAGCCGUUUUAGAAAUGUACGGUCAUUUUUCUGGUAUAAACAGAAAAGUUCAAAUGAAAUAUCAGCCUAAGGGUAGGCCAAGAGGUUCAAGCUCUGAUGAUGUAGAUAAGCCAGUCGAACCGUCAUUGGUGUUAAUUCUGAAAUGGGGUGGUGAAUUAACACCUGCUGGUAGGAUUCAAGCAGAAGAACUUGGUAGAAUAUUCCGUUGCAUGUAUCCUGGUGGACAAGGUAGACAUCUGGCUGGCGAAUAUGCUGGUGCUCAAGGCUUAGGUCUUCUACGUUUACAUUCAACAUUUCGGCAUGAUCUUAAAAUUUAUGCCUCUGAUGAGGGCAGAGUGCAGAUGACGGCAGCAGCAUUUGCCAAAGGUUUAUUAGCUUUAGAAGGAGAACUGACUCCUAUUUUAGUACAAAUGGUUAAAAGUGCUAAUACAAAUGGACUAUUAGAUAAUGACUGUGAUAGUAGCAAGUAUCAAAAUAUGUGUAAAGCUCGUUUGCACGAACUAAUGCAGAUCGAUCGUGAAUUUACUCAAGAGGACAAAGAAAAGAUUAAUCCAUGUAACUCAACUAGUAUUGCAGAUGCUCUGGAAUUUGUGAAGAAUCCUGUAAAGUGCUGUAAGCAUGUACAAGAAUUGAUUAAAAAUUUGUUAGAAAUCGUUCAAGCAAAAAAAGAAGAUGCAAAAAGUAAGGAAGUUGUUUUGUAUCAUGGAGAAACUUGGGAAUUAAUGGGUAGGAGAUGGGGAAAAAUAGAAAAGGACUUUUUCACUAAAAAUAAAACAUUUGACAUUAGCAAAAUUCCCGACAUAUACGACUGUAUAAAAUAUGAUUUACAACACAAUCAGCAUACCUUACAAUUUGAACAGGCUGAAGAGUUGUAUACUUAUGCCAAAUAUCUAGCGGAUAUUGUUAUACCUCAGAAAAAGGAAUAUGGCCUAACAGCCCAAGAGAAAUUAACCAUCGGACAAGGUAUCUGCACACCUUUAUUGAAGAAAAUUAAAGCUGAUCUUCAAAGGAACAUAGAAGAAUCGGGAGAAGAAACUGUUAAUAGAUUGAAUCCAAGAUAUUCCCAUGGCGUUUCCAGUCCUGGUAGACAUGUUAGAACAAGAUUAUAUUUUACAAGUGAAAGUCACAUCCAUUCUUUGAUAACUGUCCUUCGACAUGGAGGUUUAGUAGAUGUACAAAAGGACGAACAAUGGAGAAGAGCCAUGGACUAUGUUUCGUGUGUCUCUGAAUUGAAUUAUAUGUCGCAGAUAGUUAUAAUGCUUUACGAAGACCCCACUAAAGAUCCUUGUAGUGAAGAAAGGUUCCACAUAGAAUUACAUUUCAGUCCAGGAGUAAAUUGCUGUGUGCAGAAAAAUUUACCUCCAGGUCCUGGAUUUAGACCGCAUUCAAGGAAUGAAUCAGCCACUAGUAAAAAUAGCAGCCUGAACACUUCUGAAACUGCAACUCCCGAUGAUGCAAAAAGUAGAUGUUCACCGAGAAUUGACGAAGAAGCAGAAAUAGCCAUUGAAGAAGAAAAAUAUAUAUUGCAUUCGCCAAAAGGACCAGAUUCGCCUACAAAUAAAGAGUUAUCGCCACCAUUUUCAGAAGAUAUAAUGUACAGGGGUCGAUCAAAAAUUAGUGAUCCAAUUCCAAUUGGGAAUUCACAUACAGUGAGUGGACAUGAAGCAAUGCAUUUAGCCAAACGUCUUAAUGAAGAAUUAGCGAAUCAAGCAGCUCAACAAGGUAGCCGUAGUUACGCCCUUAACCGAGCGACCAGCCCCGAAUUAGAUCAGCAAAGAUCAAGAAGUUAUGAUCACAAAAGUCCUCACAAAGGUAAAGACUCGUCUCAUGAUACUGAACUUUCCAUUACACCCACUAAUAACCCUACUCCUUCAAUAAAUGUCCCCAUCUGGAAAUAUAAUUUAGUACCGUCACAACUGACCGUCGAAAAAAACCAAUUGAGCCCAAUAUCGGGUUCAGUUGAUUUCGAUUAUAUAAGCGAUUUAGAAUCGACUUUUCCCAUUGGAAAAAAUACUUGUGGCUCUUUGCCUGUAGAUAAAAUUGGGGGUUUUGGCAAAUGUAGUUCUACAAACGAAUUACCGCUUACAGAACUUAACUUGGCUUUGUUCACUUCCAAAAUGGAUAAUAAAAGUUCGUGUGUAAUGAGUACAAACGAACUACCAUUAUCUUCGCUCACGUUUUCAAGUAGAUCUUGCGCGUUGUCUAGACAGAAUACUAUAGAUAGUCAAAAUGAUGAUUUAUCCAUGGAAGUGAACUGGGACGUUGAUAUUAAAGAUAUCGAUGAAAAACCGAAAACGCGAAGACAAAGAUCUUUCUCCGAUCCAAACAUCUUAGAAAGAGAAUGGGUAGAUCACUCGGAUAAAAGUUUUGUUAUGAAAAAAUAUAGAGAAAGCAUGUCGAACGAAGAACGCACGUCAAAUUUAUCUCCACCCGAAAGUUAUCCUUGCCCUCCAUUCAGUUCUUAUCCAGAGUAUGAUCCUGAGAGUACUUGUCUGCUUUGUAUCAACCCUCGCACUACACCUCAUCUUCUCUCAUUCUUUACUUCGCCCCCAACGAGGCCAAGCACCUCUCGAUCGCUAUCUCAUCCCACCCCUUGUGUGUCUCCUUGCAUGUCCAAUGCAGACUGUGGUCAGAACGUCGUCAAACGCCACCGACACAGCAUUGCCGGGCAGAUGAGCUAUUACAAGAUGCUAGGGUUCGGGUGUGGAGGGCCCAUGGGCUUAAAGAAACUCGUCGGAGGUAGUACCAAUUCAUUAUUCUCCACCGCCAUCAUUUCCGGUAGUUCCAGCGCACCCAAUCUACGAGAUGUGAUUACGAAUUCAAGUAAUGCUACAGCAAUAGACGGUUUCGGAGGAGUACCAUCUAUUAGACCAUUGGAAACAUUACACAAUGCAUUAUCUUUGAAACAGUUGGAUGCAUUUUUGGACAGAAUGAUUACUGCACCUAUAUUUAAAACGCCAUCAUCUACGCCACCUAAAUAUCCGUCCACCCCGAUACCAACGCCUACAAAUGGAGGCUCUUCUUGUGGACUCUCGUUGGAUAAGUCUCGUCCUCUCAAAUUGCAAUCGCCCUGCAACAGUGUUGGUUGGAGUGGGCCGCCUAGUUUGAUGUCCAGUAGUGGUCCUUCCUCUCCAGGUUAUUCUGACAGCAAUUCUAAAGGAAGUAGCAGUGAAAUGUCGUCCAGCAUUGUCAGCGCCGAUGGGAUCACUGUGGAUAAUUUUAACAAAAUUUUUCCUACUGCACCUGGACUCGACCAAGAUUUGGGAAGUGUUGGGAUGCUGUUAGAUUCAUUUGAUAAAGACAUGUCAGAAUCUCUUGAUUUGUCGGAUUACUAUUCCGGUAGUAAUAAACCAAAAGGUUCCGAAAGUGGAGAUAUCACGCCGGUAUCUGGAUCUGAAGUAGAUUUCAAUGUUAAUGAUAUAACAAUGGGUUCAAAUGCAGACUGUGAUAUAACGGUAACAGAAGAUAUCGAAGGUAUAUCCAUCGCAGGUGACGAGAAUCAAAUAGAUCCCAAUGAAACAUUAACAAGUGCACGAAUUCAUUCAUUGACAAAUAUUUUUAAUGCUUCCGUCAAUUCUUCUCGAGCCAUUGAUAUAAACAAUAUAUGCCAAUCUAAUAUUGAAAGUCCAAAAUUGGUUUCUCCGCCAGCUACAAAUUUGAACAUUUAUACAAAUGUUUUGAAUGCCGAACUAUUUGGAUUGAGACACGUUGAAAAUUCUGAUAGACUCCAACCUUCGACAAGUAGAAUCAUAAAUGAAUUCAAUAAGGACGAUUUAAAAACAGUUCUUAAAACAUCUAAUGUAUUUGAUAAGGAUAUUCCAAGCGUUUCAAAAAAUUUAUCUAAUUCAGUUUCCCAUAAGUGGUCUACGUCUAAAGAAAAGUUUCUUGAAAAUAACUUCACCAAAACUGAUAAUAUAGAUUUCGGAAAAAAUUUGAAUGUGAGCGCUGAUAAAAAAGUAGAAAAAGAAUACGAACUUACCAAAUUGAAACCUGGAGCUGUUGUUAUUAAGGAAAAAUAUAUAGAACCCUUGAAAAUAUCCAGAGUAUCCAAGAGUUUUCAUGGAAAAUCUCCAACUGCUACCAGUUAUUUAGAUGUUAGUAAUGCUCAACGCAGAGCUAGUGAUAGUCCAGUUGCUACAGCUUCAAAUAUAACUUUUUUCUCGCAAACUAACAAGCCGGAGAGUGAUUUAGAAAUGAAAAAAUCGAUUAUCCGGUUAAAAUCUUUAGAUAAUACUAUGACGCAAACCAGAAGCCAUCGGAGCGUCGAAAUAAGUAAAUCAGCAUCAGAGUUAAACCAAGCGAUGACUAAAACUCAACGAUUCACAACAACAAGAGUAGAUGAAGCCGAACAUGCUGCUUCAAUUGCUAAAAAUAUAUCUAAAACCAGCACCGAGAACGAAUCAACGUGUCCACCCCCUUUUAAGGAUAAUAUAAAAUGUUUAGACAAUACAAGAAAUAAAACUACACAUUCAGAAGAAAGUAGAGAUAAUGAAACUAAACUAGAAUAAUUUUCAAGUAUUCUUGUAGGUAUUCGGUGACGCCAAUUAGUGAAUAAAUUGCAAAUAUUGAUUUGUUCUUCAUGUUGUAUGUCAUUAAUUAUUUCUACUACAUGAAAUACAUCUUCUAAGUAUUAUUGUUUUCAACGAACUCUUUUAAAUUAUUUGAAGUUGAUAUCUCACCAUCUUAAUUAUUACCCCUUUUUAAUUUUGGGUAUACGUGUUAAGUUGACUUCAAUUCUGAUUCAUUUUAUAAUUUUCUUCAUUAUUUUCCAUUUUGCUUAUUUAUUAUCAAUCUUAACUUAUUCAUUAUUUGUAUGUAAUCCAACCAUCCAAGCCCUUUAGAUCCAUUCCUUUUUCAAGAUAUCAUUCCAUUUUGUUCUUCCAAAGGGUUUCCGCAAAAAAACAGAAAAUUUAACUUCAACUUCUGUUUUAAUGAUUCACCACAAAGUGUUGAUAUUGGCUUAGCUACUUUAGUGAUUAUUUCUGCUUUUAUUUUGUUUGAUGCUAUUUUUUUAAUCUUUCUAUUUUCUCAAUUUGAACAUCUAAAAUUAAUUGAAAGUUUGUCUUGUCUUUACAUUUAUUUCUCCUUCUAUGAGAUCAAUAAUUUUUAUAAUCUCUAUAUUGAUCUCCAAUCCUCCACGUUCUUUGUAAACUCCGUUUAUUAUUUUCUUGCCCUUCACAUCAAUUUGUUAUAAUUACAUUUCAACAAAAUAUUAUUACAGCCUUAUCCUAAUAUUACUUUCUUUCAUAUUCUCUUAUUUUUUUUUUAUAAUUUAGUCAUUUUAUAAAACAUGAAUAAUUUUCUGAAAAUUCUAUGUAUAUUGUGCAUAAGAUACUCGAUGAAUGAAGAAAGUAAUCUUCAAUUUAGAUUCGUAUUAUUUUUCAUAUAGGGGAAGUCGAGGCAAAGUGUCCACCAUAAUAGAAAUCUGCUCCAAGUCAAGUCUAAACAAAAGAAAAUUCAAUUCAUUUGCACAUAAUGCUUACUUGAAGAACAAGCGACAGUUUUGAAAUAUAUUUUGGUAAAACACAAAAGUUAUUGUCAAAUUUUAAUAAGGAACAUAACCUCUAAGCUUCUUAAUAACAAAAGAAACAUAUAAAGUACAAAAUGCUUACUUUAAAAUAUAAAGAAAAAACAUAUUCUGUAAAGCUAGAAAAAAACACCUUAAAAAACUGAAAAAGAAAACUACCGCAAAUGAAAAAAAUAUCGAAAACUCUGCCUCUAACUUGUCGAAUAAUUUAAAGAUGUAGUUAAAACACUUUUACUUUUCCAUGUCUUUGUAAUUCUACUUUCACUUUUCUCAAAAUUUCUUCGCUAAUUACCUCACUGACAUCUUCUGCCUCCGGAAAAACAAGAAUAUCUUUCGACUGGCGGUAUUGCCUCAAACAUGAAACGAACCCUUUUGAAUUCGAGUCUUUUUUGAUAUUUGUUACUUUAGAGCAACAAAUUGCUUUGUUGUCAUCUUGUCAGAUGUCAGCUAAGUCAGUAUAAAAUCAUUGACAUUAAGAUGUUCCAUAUCAAUUUUUUCUACAUUAAAAUUUUUUGUUUUCGGAUAAUAAUCGAAAUCACAACCAGAGUCAUUAGAAUCAGCUAGCUCAACUUCAGUUAAAGUGUCUAAUGAUGAGUCCGAAUAGAUUUUUAAUUCCUUUUUGAUCUUUUUUGACAUUGAUAAAUUUCUUUUUACAAUUUGUUUUUUCUUUCUUGGUAUCUUUAUUGUUGUGGCUUGUUUGAAAUCCUCAUAAUUCGGUGUCGAGGUUAGGAUCAUAGUUUUCCCCCUUUUUAUAUUUCGUUUUGGAGCUUUUGAUGCACUAAUUUUCGGUAAAGGUAGUAUACCUUCGGGGGAAAAAUAUAAUUUCUCAUUUGCGCUAGGAACCGCGUUCUCAAGCAAAGGUGGGGAUGAAGUUCUAGCUGUGGAGGUAUUUGGUUGUGGUGAUUGACUUACUAAUUCUACCGUAUUUUGGAUGGUAUUAAUCUUUUGACAAGUUUCUGAACAUUCUUCAAUUGGUGGUUUUUCUGUAACUUCUGCCGAUUUAAAUAAACUUUCCGGAAAAUAUCGGGGUUAUAGGGAUAAAUUCCAGUGGCUUUAAAGCCAUUAAUAGCAUUUUGUACAGUUGCAGCACGUUUAAAAGCAUUGCCAGAAAGUUCCCCAACUUGAUAUAACGUUAUGGCUUUUCCAGGGUAAUUAAUAAGCUAUUUUUUGUUUCUUGUUCGUAAUAAAUAUUCAGUGGAAACAUAAAGGAUACAUCCAAAGGUUGUAUUCGGUGAGAUUGAGGUGGUAUUACGAGUAGAUGGACAUUAUUCUCCCUUGCUUUUUCAACCAAUGUCGAAUUUUUAGUGUGGGUCUUCCUUCGUUGACUUAACAUACUUUAGGAAAUGAUCAAACCAAAAAUCAGCAAAUAUACUACUUUGCAACCAUCCUGAUGGAUGAUAUUCAACAAUAGAUUCUGGGGACAGCCCUUGCUCAAGAGCUGGACAUUUCCUUACUCUUACUUAUCAAUAGAUAGGGAAUAUAAUAUCCGGAAGCAUUGAAGCAAAUUUCUGCAGUGGUUAAUGUUCCUCUUUCAGCUGAAAAAAAGAUACCCACUUGUUUUUUCCCUUUACAUGAAAAAAUUUGGCUGGGCCUAUUGGGAACCGUUGAAACCCCUGUUUCGUCGCAGUUAAAUAUCCUACUGGGUGGAAAUUUAUGUUUUUCAAAUAAUUCCCUCAAUAGCUUAAGAAAUGAUUGUGUAUUAUACUUAUUAAAAGACGAGGCUCUUGCUAUUGAAUUGUAUUCUGACAACCUCAAAGAAAUAUUUUGAUUUCUUUUUAAAAACCCGUAGAUCCAAUAACGCCCAGCAAGACCUUUUUCCUGGUUGAAAUUAUGAGGGAUUUUAUUUUUUCGGCGAACUGGAAUGCAAGGUGUCGUAGUUCUCUAGUUCCAAGCCCAAAAAGCCUACUCUCCAUGUGUAAGACAAUAUCGACAAGUUCCUUCUCUUGUUCACUAGAGAAAACAGGUUUAAAUCGGCCGAAUAUUUUUUGAAGCUUCGUGGGAGUCCUCAUUUGAAUUGAUUCUUCUCCGAAGUGUUGUCAAAGGAACUUCAUAUUGAGUUACAGCUUUUUUUCUACUCAAAAUAUUAUUUCUGACAUCCUGUAUGGCCGCUAUCAUACUUUCUUCCGACCAAGCAUGUUGCUGCGUUUUGCGCUUAUAGUUUCUCCCCAUUGUUAAACAAUUUUUGAUUCUUUGGGGAAAAGUUAUGGCCACUUUACCUCACAACUAAAAAACCACUUUGCCCCCCAAUGUAAUCCAAUAUAAAAACUAAGUUAACAAAAAACACGUAGUAUUAGUUUCAUUUUCUGUAGGUUAACUUUAAUUUACAAUACAUUAGGCCGUAUAAAAAAAUAAAAUACUUGAAAAAUUAAUUUUAGACUAGGCUGAAAUGCUUACGAACUUACAUCUAAAUUUUACAAGCACGUGCCAAAAAAACUUUGAAAGGUCAAAUAAACAAACAUAUUCAUAUGACGACUGUUGACUACAUACUGAUUAGUUUAGGACGCUAAAGAGAACCGUUGCAUGACAUAGUGCUCAUAGAUGUCGCUGGGAAAUAUUAUUAAAAGCCACUUUGCCCCGACUUCCCUUACUCAGCAGUGUAAAAUGGAAAUUUGUUCAUAUCUAAAUAAAAAAUACUAGUAUGUGGGCUUUCUUAGUAGUAAGAAAUUUUGUUUUAAAUAAUCAAACAAUAAAACUACGUUUAUAUUUUAAUGUAACAUGUUUAGCAUUUAGCACUUUGAGUUCCAUCCAGUUUUUAUCCUAUAAUAUAUAUUAUUUUCUAUUAAAAAUUGCAGUUUUUUAAAACCAGUCCAAUGACUUCCUCAUAUACAAAACGAAGAUAUGGAGCGAUUAGAGUGAUUUUAAAUUAUUUUUAUUAGAAAACAAUUCCAAUUAAAUGAUGUCUCCAAAGUAAUUCAAAUAAAAGCAGAGUUGGAACUCGGGGACAGGGAUAUCCUUCAGUUGAUUGGUUACAAGUAUUUGACCACCUAAAAUUACGUUCCUUCACAUGUUUUAAUAUAGGGAAGAGGGAAUCACUACUCAUAUUCAAUUGAUGAGCCAAUAUCUUUUGAACUCAAAUUUUAUUGAUAUUUUCAUGAAUUCUUGCCAUUGGAGGCUUUUGACAAACGCCUCUCUGAAGGCCUACUGAAGUUUCUGUAGCAGUGCGCCUAAAUAACGGGAAUAAUUCUAAAUGUUUCACUGUAAACUCGCGUUUUUGUUUUAUUCAUUUCAUAUUUUAUUAAUCAGUUGAGUCAACAAGGAAAACAUUUAAAUCGUGAAAUCCCUGGAAGCCACAAGAUUUAAAAAAAAAAUUUACAAAGAAUUCGCUCUUGGUUUCCAAAGUA